AUGAAGAAAUCAACAAUAAACACAAAUUCUAUGCAUAAUGUGAAGUCAGCUACACUGAGAUCACCAUCGACUUCAGGUAAUGCAGUGUCAAAGACGAAAGCAAUAAAAUCUGAUAAAGAUGUUGACACGAUAUUUAGAAGAACUGAAGUAAUAGGUAGAGGGAAAUUUGGUAUAGUUUAUAAAGGUUAUAAUAUCAAGACAAAACAGAUUUAUGCGAUUAAAGUGUUGAACUUAGAUUCCGAUUCGGACGAAGUGGAAGACGUUCAAAGAGAAAUUCAAUUCCUUGCAUCAUUAAAACAAAUGCCAAAUAUUACGCGGUAUUACGGAUCUUAUUUACAAAACACAAGCCUAUGGAUUAUUAUGGAAUAUUGUGCAGGUGGAUCACUCCGUUCUCUUUUGAGACCAGGUAAGAUAGAGGAGAAAUAUUUGGGAGUAAUAAUGAGAGAACUCCUGAUUGCAUUAAGUUUCAUUCAUAAAGAUAAUAUCAUUCAUAGGGAUAUAAAAGCUGCCAAUGUCUUAAUAUCAAAUGAUGGUUCGGUGAAAUUAUGUGAUUUUGGUGUGGCAGCGCAAUUGAAUCAAGCGAGUAAUAGAAGACAAACGAUGGCAGGUACACCGUAUUGGAUGGCCCCAGAAGUAAUAAUGGAAGGUGUUUACUAUGAUACAAAAGCAGAUAUUUGGUCCUUGGGGAUUACUGCAUAUGAAGUUGCUACAGGUAAUCCACCUUAUUGCGAAGUAGAGGCCCUAAGAGUAAUGCAACUAAUCACAAAAUCGAAACCACCCAGAUUAGAAGGUAAGAGUUAUAGUGUCUCGCUAAAGGAAUUUAUAGCCUUAUGUUUGGAUGAAGAUGCCAACGAACGUCCGACCGCUGAUGAUUUACUUAAGAGUAAAUUUAUACGGACACAUAAAACAACCCCUACAUCUAUUCUAAAGGAACUUAUAACGAGGUACUUAUUGUUUAGAGACAAAACUAAACGCGAUAGUAUGAAUCCGAUUGUAGAUGGUAAUUAUAACAAAAUCGAUAACCGUAUAGAAAGUGAUCGUAAAUCAAUAACGAAUGGUGUAAAUGAUGAUAACUCCGAAGAAGAUAUAGAUGUAAAAUGGGAUUUUGAUUCUUUAAGUUCUGCAGAUUACAUUGUUGAGAAUAACAUUAACAUAGACAAUAUUACGAAUGAUACCAACUAUUGGAUGAAUGAGCAACAUGACAAUUUGAAUUAUGCAUACCCAGAUGAAGAUCAAUACAUAUAUUACCAGACCAACAAUAAUGUGAACAAGACGUAUUACCAUGGGACAACCAUAGGGAAAGCUGCACCUGGUACUGUAUAUCAUAACUCUACAUUAAGUGCAAUGCCUUCACAUCAGAAUGGUACCUCCAACAUGAAUAGUACUGCAUUCCAUGGUACUGGCUCACAUAUAAACAGUAAUACAGGGACAGGUACUCAUUCCAACAUGAAUGUCGAUACAAAUGCCCCCAAACAAUUAUUGGAAUUAUUUGAAGAGAAUGAUACCAUUAAUGAGGCCGAUGAAGAUGCUGGGAAUGAUUUGGGGCGUUUGCCGCAAAACAUGUCAACUACACACAUGGGAUCACUCCUCGAACAGUCAAUGACACCUAUUUCAGAUAAUAAUGCUCGUCCUGUCAACAUCUUAAAUAAUGGAUCUUUUUUCAGUCAAAGCACUACAUCUUUACCUGUUUUACAAACAAAAUUCAACAGUAUGUCAAAGGGUCCAACCAGUGCAAUAACAUCGAUACCAACCUCUAUUGAGAUUGAAAUACCCGAAGAAUUACCUACAAGUACUACUCACCCAACAAGUGCAUUUGUGGAUACCUCCUCAUUACAUACGAAACCUAGAUCUUCUACUCUAUCCACAUCACCAAUGUCAUAUAAACAACCACCGGGUCUAUCUAGACGAUUAACUGUGAGUGGCAAUAACAAUCCAAGCCGUAGCGAUGAGACAAAUGGAAUUGCUUCUCCUUCGUAUCCCAAUUUGGCACCGCCUCCUCCCACCACCAUUGAAGAUGAAAUAAAGAAGUCCAGUCAUUCUGCAACUUAUUCAAAAACAACUAGUAACAAUGGAACCAUAAAUGAAUCGAGGGAACACACGAUGACCAGUGCACCAAGUUCUUCCAUAUUCAAGAAUGUUCAUAGUACCCCAUCACCAUCCAAAUUAUUACAUUCAGGGUCAAUAUCCCCUAAUCGUAAACCUACGGUGUCACCUUCUACAAGCUCGCAUGGUAUACUUGGCCAUAGUACUAGUAAUCUAGGGAAUCCUCCAAUGAUGAAACCACUUGGUACGAAGGUUGAUUCAAAGAAUACCAUGUUACAUCCCUUAGAUACUAAUAUGUCAAACGGUGCUGGUACCCUCCCAAGUACAUCUACAACGACGAGUGCUACUAUCAAUAGUAACAUCACAUCAACCACCAGUACAGCGGUAUUAAACGAUACUAAUGAAGAAAAUGAAACACCAUUGACAACCAAUGAACCUGCGGUUAACACAAGAAACGGUACUACAACAACUUUGAAGAGAAAUAAUUUCAAUUUGAAAUUACAAAUGCCACUACCAACUACAAUGACACGUAAUAAACUAUUAGACAAUCAUUCAACUGCUAAUAAUGGAGGAACCAAUACUAAAUCUUCUACAUCUAAUGUGAUUUCCAAUGGUCCAGUGUCUGCACCAAGUGAAAACAUCAAUCAAUUUGGGUUUAAUACCAAGACUACAGCUAAUAUUCCUGUGUCAAUGACACCUAUCAGUGAGAAACAUCUAGAUUUUGGAAGUAAGAUCAAGAGAAGUUUAAGUGUAUCUAAUCGAAAGAAUUCUUUAUCAUCUAAUGAUUCAAAUGCUAACAAUAGCAGUAAUAAUAUUACUGGAAGUCAACAAAUAUCUGAUAAUAGUAUUCAAGACUUACAUAUGACAAACAGUGAAAAUAGUACGGAAGGUUCUCAUUCCAGGACAGAACAAUCUCUGGAGAAUAACAAUGAGAAUAACAAUAACACAAACGAUCAGAAUAAAAACAGUAAGAUUGAAGUAAUAGGAUCAAAUAUUGCCGAUAUACCUACUGAAGAUAAUAUCAUAUCUGAUGUAGGAACUACCACCAAUGCAUCCACUGCAUCCAUAGCGACAACUACAAUAACGAAUACAGACAAUCCUAGUUCCAAUUCCAAUUUAAUGAAGGAACCUCCUAAGACCUUGGAUAUGAGCAUGUUUCAUGAUACUUCAUUUACUGUAGAUACUAGUGGGCAAAUUGGUGGUUAUGAUAGAAGACGUAUAGAUAAAAGGCCACAAUUAUUACAAGAAUUGGAAAAUUUACUUGGAAUGUUUGAAAAUGGUCUUCCUGUACUCGAGAAUACAUUAAAAAAGAUGUUACAAAAUCCUAAUGAUAUUUUAUCUACACAACCUCCAAGUAAUAAUACUACUACAAAUAGAAACACCAGUAACAACACAGAUAGUAACGAGACAACCAUUACAAAUCUAGGGGUAAACGCAAGUCCGUCAACAAAUGGAACGUCAACUACAUCGGUUGGUUUAGCAGCUGCAGCAAUAACUGGCCCACCUUCUCCUUUAGCACUACAGGAAAAUAGUAUCAUCACAACGUCUCAUUAA